UCUAACUGCUUUUCUUUUCUUUUCCUCCUCUUCUCUCCCUCCACACCAUCGCCCCCUUUUUUUGGGGGGGCGUGAAGACUCUCCUCUCAACCAAGAUUUGGGCUGGGCACCAAUCGUGGCCUCCUUGCAGGUUCCAGAACUCGCAGCCGAAGACUUCCUUCAAGAGUCCCUUGCGUUGGGAGGCUACCUCACCCUUUAUAUUUACACCCUGCAGCAGCUGAAUGCUGAGCGGACACUCACCAACGAAAUGAGAGUGCUCUUUACGCUAAGCAAGUGGUUGGAACAGGUGUAUCCCAGCUCUGCCAAGGAUGAAGCCAAGUUGUUUCUUUGGUGGCACAAAGUUCUGCAGCUCUGCCUCCUCCAAACCGAACAGGAAGACCCCAUCUUGUUGGAGUCGGUCAUCCGGGUCUUGACAUCUCUGCAAGGCCGGCAGAGUCUGCUGGCCGAAGAGAGGCUCAGCUCGGGACUCCUCGGCGCUAUUGGGCUGGGCAAGAGGUCUCCGUUAUCCAACAG